GGAGGGCAGAUAUACGCCUGCUGGUGGGUCUCGUGGAGCAGUUCACACUGCACACUUACUGCUAGGACUCACUUCCGCCCACUUGAAAGAUGGCGGCUCCCUUAUUGGAGAAAUUGUCGGAAUCUUUAGGUUCCCCCGAACCAGCGGUGCGAUUAAUUUUAUCUGUCUUAAUCGGGUACCCCUGUGCCCUGGUGUACCGUAGGUUUUUAUUUCACCAACCGGUCACCGUUCUUCACCUGUUCCACACGUUGUCUGGACUGGCUCUGGCAGCGUUCAACUUUGGCUCUCAGAUCUAUCACUCUGCAGUAUGCGUCUUAGUGCAGUUCCUGAUGCUAAGGCUCAUGGGAAGGACGGUAACGGCUGUCCUGAGCAGUUUUAUCUUUCAAAUGGUGUACUUGAUGGCAGGCUAUUACUUCACUGCCACGGAGGAGUAUGAUAUCAAAUGGACCAUGCCCCAUUGUGUCCUCACACUCAAACUCAUCGGUUUGUCAUUUGACUACUAUGAUGGAGGAAAGGAACCAUCCCAACUGAACGCAGAGCAGCAGAGGGCCGCCCUGCCCACUGUCCCCAGCCUGCUGGAGGUGUGCGGCUUCUCCUACUUCUACGGGGGGUUCCUGGUGGGGCCCCAGUUCACGCUACGCAGCUACCAGAGCCUGGUGGCGGGCCAGCUAACAGACUCGCCCGGGAAGCCCCCCAACAGUGUUAUGCCUGCUAUGCAGCGGUUCGGCCUGGGUCUCCUAUGCCUGACCAUCUACGCAAUAUUCAGUCCCCAUUUGUCAGACAGCUACUUCCUCACAGAUGAGUAUGGGGCCCAGCCUUUCUGGUAUCGCUGUGUGUUCAUCAUGCUGUGGGCCAAAGUUAUUCUCUAUAAGUAUGUCAGCUGCUGGGUGAUUGCAGAGGGCGUGUGCAUACUCUCGGGUCUGGGCUACAACGGUGUGGACGAGAACGGGAACCACCGGUGGGACGCCUGUGCCAACAUGAAAGUGUGGCUGUUUGAAACCACGCCCCUCUUCACCGGCACCAUCUCCUCCUUCAACAUCAACACCAACGCCUGGGUGGCCAGGCAUGUGUUCAAGAGGCUGAAAUUCCUGGGCAAUAAGAUCCUCUCUCAGGUGGCCACGCUGCUGUUCCUGGCCAUCUGGCACGGCCUGCACUCCGGCUACAUCAUCUGCUUCUCCAUGGAGUUCAUCAUUGUCAACGUGGAGAAACAGGUCCAGGCUUUGGUGAAGGACAGCCCUGUGCUCACCAAGCUGGCCAACAGCCCCUUCUACCCACUCAUCUACGUGGUGCAGCAGUUAUUCCACUGGCUUUUCAUGGGCUAUCCCCUGGUGCCAUUCUGCCUCUUCACCUACGACAAGUGGCUCAAGGUGUAUUCGUCCAUCUAUUUCUGCGGCCACCUGUUCUUCUUCACGGCCUUCAUGGUCCUGCCGUACCUGCGCAAGGCUCUGGUGCCUAAGAGGGAGAAAAAGCAGGACUAGGACUUGGAUUUGUAAAAGAGAUAAACACAAAGAAAGAAAACUACAACGACCAAGGUUUCUCUGCCCCUACGCGCGCGCCUGGAAGGUUCCUAGCGAUCUCUUUAAUGUGAAACGAGCGCCUUGACACCGACGCCCUGAUGUCGUUGAGUUGAGGUGUUGCCAUAGUUGACUCAUAUUUUCAUUGCGCUCCUCCACCAUCCCCCCCCCCCCCCCCACCACCACCAAUAGGUCUUUCUAUGGCUCGAAAUCCAACCCAGGAUCCAACUGAAGGGAACUGUGACUUCUACGGGAGGAGCAGAUUGGAGUAUAUUUUAAGGCCUUUAGUAAUAUAUAUUAUAUGUCCAUGUAAAAAAAAAAAAAUCUUUCUAUAUAUUUUUGUGUUUUAAAAUGGGGAAGGUGUUUUUACAAAAUAGGAUAAAUAUGACAAAUUUGGGAGAAAUGUUUACAGAAGAUGACCAUGGUGCCACAUGGGUCGAUGAGAGCCAAUCAGGGGUGAUUUUCUGUUGGUUGUUUGUUUGUUUUUAAACAACAUGUGAGGGGUACGCUGAACUCAAGUGACUUCAGUAUUGUGUCCGCAACAUUGCACUCACCAGUCACGGGUUUGAAGUCAGUCACUGGCUCUGCUAUAUUUUGCUCUAGAUGGUCAAUAUUAUGCUUACUUUUGUUUUUCUUUCGGGUCUCUGCUUGCAUCCUCCUGCAUUCAUGAGUGAACCUUUUAUGGUCUACCGUAAGGGUUCCAGCACAAAUGACCUGUAUCUGGCACUUUCACAUGUGACAACACACCGAGGUCGAGGCAAGCGCCUGGGGAACGGUACGACGUGCAGCGGGCUGGUUUGUUUUGGACGGACACCCCGGUGUUUCACCCACACCACCACCAACUCAACUUCAAAUGGCCUUGCAUUAUCAAUAUGAAUGUUUAGCUCUUUGAGUUUGAUUUUUAAUUUGACAAGUUUUUUUUUCUUUUUACAAACAAAACUUGGGAGUGAAGACUCCAUGAAAAGGACUUCACCUUGAGUCUUUUCCACUUUGUGCUAGGCGUCUCCUUGGGCUCUCCAACCCGUCACCUGUCCUCUCUGUAAAUCUACCAGUAAUGACGUCAUAUGGCUCUGCCGCGGUUCGCUGUAAUUGGGCCCGUGUUGCACACUUGCCAGGCCAGUAUGGAGAGGUAUCUCAAACUGAUCGCGCCUCAGAACUUCAAACGGACCUGGAACACUACCAGCUUCGUGGGACCAGGAAAUGUCCCCAUCGUGAACUGGAAGAAAAUAAAAAUGAAGCAAAAAAAUAUGAAUAAUACAAAAAUGAUCCUGAUUUUUCGUAUUGGAUGAUGAUUGCCAUGAUUCAAUCCUGGACAAUGUUUGUUCCUCUCUUAUUUGUUUUUGUUUGAGUUGUAUUUUAUUUGUUAAUAGCAGUGUGUGCGUACAGAAGACUUAAUGUGGAGAUGAGAUCGCUACGGGCUGGUCAGUCUUGCGUCAGUGUGUGAAGGGAGGCCGACGACGCGCUUCGGAGACGGUAUCUCACUGUAGCAAAACCGGACUGGAUUGAGUAAUAUUUAUACAUUACAAGUUGACAAUUAAUUGAUGUGAAUUAUUAUUUCAACAGACUACUUUUGCCUUAUUGCUACCAAAUGUACAAAAGAAAAUAGGGGUAAUGUAAUUUUAAAUACAUUUUUGUAAUGCUAAUUAAAAGUGCUGGAUUUUAAAAAGCUAGAGUGUGUGUG